AUGGCUGAAAUUGCCCAUAUCAUCCCCCAGUCUCACGAUGAGUGGUACACCAAUAAUGCCAUGUGCGAUUACUCCCGAGGAGCAAGGGCGCACAGCCUUGCCCCUAUUGCGCCUGAACCUCUCUUUGCCCGAUUUUCACUCACCGUACUCGCCUGCGUCAUGGACUUUAUUCUCCGAGGAGAACGUCGCCGAAUUGCCAUGGUGCAGUGUGGUAUCGACGCCAAUGGUGGCCCUGCCUGGGCGACUCAGGAAUUGAAACGGACCGUGGCCAGCGUCACUUCUAGUACGGCGGAGGCUGCUCGCACUAUUCGAUCCCAAGCAAGAAGAGGUGUAGCAACUUGGGGUUCAGCCCAGAGAUGGCCGGGCAUGUUUACGCGAGGACUGGUGUCGUGA